GGGGCGGAGCGACUGUCGCCCUGGGAGACGGGCCGAGGGACGAAGCCGGAAGCGAGGUGUUAAAGGCGAGGGCGGGGCACGCGGCGGCUCAUUUGGGGGACGAGAGGAGGCGGAGGUAGAGGCGCUCUUGUGGUGGCGCCGGACCAUGGGCUGCUUCUUCUCCAAGCGGCGGAAGCAGGCCAAGGAGCCGAAGAGCGGGGAGCGGGGCGACACCGCAUCCCCGGAGGAGCGGGAGAGGAAGGAGGAGGGGGAAGAGGCGGUCAACGCCGCCUCAGAGAAGCAGCCACAGUACAGCUGGGACCAGCGGGCCAAGAUUGAUCCUAAAGACUACAUGUUUUCUGGACUGAAGGAUGAAACAGUUGGACGUUUACCUGGGAAAGUUGCAGGCCAACAGUUUGUUAUUCAGGACUGUGAAAACUGCAAUAUUUACAUCUUUGACCAUUCGGCUACAAUUACUAUUGAUGACUGCACAGGCUGCCAAAUCUUUUUGGGACCUGUCAAAGGCAGCGUGUUUUUCCGUGACUGCAAGGAUUGCAAAUGUGUAGUGGCUUGUCAACAGUUUCGCACUCGAGACUGCAGAAAGAUGGAAGUGUUUCUGUGCUGUGCCACCCAACCCAUUAUCGAAUCAUCUACGGGUAUGAAGUUUGGGUGCUUCCAGUACUACUAUCCAGAAUUGGCUUUGCAGAUGAAGGACGCAGGGCUGAGCAUCUUUAACAAUACAUGGAGCAAUAUCCAUGACUUCACACCUGUCUCAGGAGAGAACAACUGGGGUCUUCUACCAGAAGAUGUCUCUGUUCAAGAGUGUGUACCAUUGCCAACUAUUGAAGAAUUGAAGGGUGUCAGGAUCUCAACUGAUGGCAACAGAAGCAUUAUUCCGGUGACACAAGGGAGACGUCAGAAACACAGCGAGGAGUCCUGCCUUGUGGUAUUCUUUGCUGGGGAUUAUACCACUGCCAAUGCGAGGAAGUUGAUUGAUGAGAUGACUGGCAAAAAUUUUGGGCUAGUGCAUACUAAAGAAGUUCCAAUGAAAGCGGAUGAUGCUCAUCGUGUUUUCCAGCAAAGAGCGCCUGAAUUUCUCCCUUUACUUGAAAAAGGUCCUGUUGUUGCUCUGGAGUUCAAUGGAGAUGGCACGAUAGCAGCCUGCCAAGAAAUUGUUGCAAAUGUCUUCAGUGGAGCUAAGGUUUUUGUAUCUGAGGACAAAUUAUCUGCUUCCAGGGAAGUAGACAACUUCUAUAACUUUGCUGAUAUGCAGAUGGGAAUGUGAACACAAGUAUCUUAUUGAGAGGUGAUCCCCAUGACCGUUGAAAUAUGCAUUAGGUUUGUAUGCAGUCUGAAUUAGUAGUCACAUGUUUUAAAAGAAACAAAUUUAUUAUUUUCUUCACAAAAUGAAUGAAAAGGGAAAGUAUUAGUAAUAGCACAUACCAGCCAAUUCAAACACCUUUACAAAAUUCAAUUGAACAUUUCUUUUGUUUCCCAAAGAUUUUGGAAUUUAAGUUUGAUAUUGUUUUCUAGUCUUGUACAUUUUGAUUACACAUAUUGGUUGGUUUGCUUUUGUAUUACAUUGCUUUUUUUUGCAUUUUAUCUGUACAUUCCUGUUUUCCUUUCCUCUAUGUGUGUAUGUGCAUACAGAAAUAAUCUAGAUUGUAUGCCUUUCAGAAUACACUGUUUUUGUUUAUUUUAUCAUAAAGAACCAGAUACAUUUGAUGGUGCUAUUAUAUGCAUAAAUAACAAUCAUCGUCAUUGUUACCAUCAUCAUCUUUAAUGCAGCUGGCUAUUUCUUUUAUUUUUCAUAUGGUUCCAACAUCUGAAAGAUUUCCACCAAAUAUCCUAGUACGUUUGAUUGCCCACAAAUCUCAGAAAGCUAGUACACAUGGACAUUGAUUUUUGUCAAGUUAUAAUCAAUUUACAAAUAAAAUUUACCUUUUAUAGCUGAUGUGCUUUUGACAAGAUGAUAUAGAUAUCAUCUUGUGAAAAACACCCAGUUCCCAAUGGGAAGCCAUGAUUGAAAAGGGUUUUUUAAACCUUUGAUGGGAUUGUUCUACUUUUUUUAUUAACCAAGUUUUUUUUUUUAAAAAAACUCUCAGAUGGUUUAACAUUUUUGUCAAGUCUCAUGAUGAUUCAGUCUUUUAUCAUGUAGCAACUUUGGUAGUUCAGUUAUACUCGGUCUGAUGAGAAGCUUUAAAAGUAAGAUUUCUGGUUAAAUCCAGUAGUUUUUCAGCUGCUGGUGCAGGCAUCCAGUUCAGAGAAUUUUGUCUCUUCUUGUCAAUACAUUUGAGAGCAUAUUGCAUUGGAUGUCUCCCUUGAUUUAUUAUAUUCAAAAGAAACAAGGUUUGUAGAUGUCAGAGGUUUGCAUUUCUGAUUUCCUCUUUUGUAAAAACCAAAAUAUCCGCUUGUUUCUGGAUAUCCAAAUUCUUCCUCAAAAUGUUGAGAAGAUUAAUCACUUCAUUUCCUUUCUUAGUGUUAUCUGUACACUUAAAAUUAUGCAAAUGAGUCUCAGAUGUAGAACAUACUUAAUGCUGGACUCUCAGCUUGUUCAGAAUGUUAAAAUAAAGGUUACCAAAAUUGGAUGUUAAUUUGAUGGUGUAUAAUCAGUGUGACCUAUGAUGAAUGCAACAGAUAUUGUAGCUACACUGAACUGCUUUAAGUAAAACUGAGUAAAUAGAAUACUCAAUAAGGACUGUAACUAUGUUCAAGUCUGUAGAAAUUGCAGUGUCAUAUACAAAUUAUAUAAUUAUCCAUUUAUUUUCUGCAGUCUCAAAAUAUGUGCUUAUAUGUGCUAUUUGUAAAUAAGUGUUUCUUUCUUGUAGUACUUUAAUGCUGGAUAAAUACUGUAGCAUUUUUACUUUUAUAAGGGAAGGUCUCUUCAAUGUGUAUUGAGAGCCAAUUUCUCUAAUCAGUGAAGGUUUUAUAUUACAUUUCCUCAUUUCUUUUUAUACUUUUAAAAUUGAAGGAAUUUAUAUAGUUUCUGAAUAUUUGUGAAUUAAAUACCCCAUACCUAACAUUGGUUGUUGUUGAUGUAAAACUGCUUAGUUACAUUUUUUGGGGUAUCACAUGCCAGUAAGUGCUUUUAUUAGGGUUUUGUACAUUAUGCUUUUUAUAUACAGUAUAUACAGCUUGUCUAGCACUUGUGAAAUGUGGUUUAUAAUAAAUAUUUAAAUGAAAA